AUGGCACAACACGGUUUCGGCCAGAUGGGCGGCGCUGGCACAAACAUCAACCCCGACGAUCUGGCCAUGGGUGGUGCUUUCAACCCGUCUUUCCAGGGCAACUUCAGCUCCAAUCAGAACGCUCACGGGGCCGGCUUUUCCAGCGGGUCAGCCCUGAUCUCUGAUGACGACCUGUUCGAUACUCUUGCCAGCCCUUCCGGUGCUCAGUCUGGUAUGUCCACUGGUGGCCAUGACUUUUCCAGCCUCUCCAAUCUCGGCAUGUCUGGAGCCUAUGCGCAGGCGAUGUUCUCCCCCCAGCACAGCCUCCCACUCGAUCAUUCGCGUAUGAACGGCUUCUCGAACACACCCGAGGGCGAUCCCAUACAAAGCCCUUUCGCAAAUAGCAUGAGCCAGUACCGUCCCGUACAACACGCACAGGCCUUUGGAUCUCUACAGUCGCCUGGUGGUGGCUUUGCGGGCUCGCCACUUACCGCCUCGGAUUUUGCAAACGAUGGGUCUGAUGCAGCUUUCCUGAAAUCCCGCCAUCGCAUGUCCCAGUCUAUGCCUCGCAAAAAUACCACGGCGCGGAGCCCCAUGGCAGUCAAAACGGCUUCUAUCUCCACUGCUAUCCCUCCUGCUUCCUCUGAGUUUGUCGGUUCCCCUCAACCGAUUCGGACAAAUGGCUCAAACCACGAGAAAUCGCACUCUGGCCAGUGGGCUCAGACUCCAAAUAGCCUUUCGUCCUUUCCCGGCUCGGGUUUCUCUUCCCCUAUGCAGCCGGGUGGCCUUCAUAGUGCACAGAUCAACGAGCUUCUUUUGAAAGGUGGAACUUCUAUGCCGGCCAAACUGGGUACGCCCAUAAACACCUCGCAGGAGGCGAAGAGAAAACGGCGGAGGGAAUCGCAUAAUCUAGUUGAGCGCCGCCGCCGGGACAACAUCAAUGAGCGUAUACAAGAUCUUAGCAAACUUGUCCCGAGUCACCGGUUGGAUGAUGAGAAGAUCAAAAAGCUCAUUACUACUGGCACCCCCCUAUCACCUACCCUUACAGGCCUAUCCAACCCGUCUCAGGCAACAUCUGGGCUUGCUGGUCCCGGCGCAAGACGCGCUGCCGGAAGCACAGCUGGUAAUAUCACUACCGGUCUACCUGUUGAAGAGAAAGACAAAGGCCCCAACAAGGGUGACAUUCUCAAUGGGGCGGUAAGCUGGUGCCGUGAUCUCAUGUGGUUGUUAGACAAAUAUGUCUCUCGUCAGGAGGAGCUGAUAGAGUUCUUUAACGAUCGUGGCGAGUCCAUGCCUUUCUCCAUCAACGACGAUGAGCGUCGUAUGACGUCAGAAUUGAUGACCGCUAUGCGCAAUCCCGACGCUGAUGGGGAGAAGAAGCACUUUACUUAUUCUCGCACUAAUGGCUCCGGCCUGCGGGUGCCUGACUACACCGAUUACAAAGGCGAUCCGUUGGACGGCUCAGGUCGGACUGAAGGGAUAUCCAUGGAACCCGGCAUUGGCAACGACGGUGUGGCUCUUGAUUUUGUGGAGCAGGGUGACUUCUGGGCCGACGACGACGAGAACGGCGAAAUGGAAUUCAAAGAAGAAGACGAGUUCAUGGAUCUCACCUGA